AUGUCUCCCAUACCCGUCGUCCUCGCUGCCCUUUUCGCUCGUUCCGCAACAGGAGAUGAGGAAGUCAUCGAGAAUCUCACCCCGUUGACGAACAUUCUCAACGGCACGGACGAGAGCACCAUUGUUGCCCUGGACUUCAUUGCCACACCAGAUGGUCGCGUCCGAGGUUGGGUUGAACAGUCCAAUCUGCGUGGCACAUGGGAUAUUGUCUGGACGUGCCUCGUCACCACCUUCAUCUGCACAUACACGCUGCUCAAUCUCAACAUUCCUGCCCCCUCGGACACACCCUGGAUCCUGAUCAAGAGACGCCUCUUCUGGAUGGUCUUUGCUGUCUUCGCCCCCGAAAUCGUUCUGACGUAUGCUGCUGGGCAGUGGAGCAGGGCCAAACACUCAGUCAAAGCCUUCCACGGGUCUGGAUACACAAAAUGGUCCCUCAAGCUUGCCUUCUUUGCCGACAUGGGUGGCUUCCGGCUGAGUUGUCCCGGCACAGAUCCUUUCCCCCUGAAUGCAAAGCAGCUACACUGGCUGGUGGUCAACGGUUUCGUUGACUAUCCAAAGACAAGUCCUGCCGAGAUAUGGGACAAGUCCAAGCAGGAUCGCCUAGCCAAGCUCAUCACCAGCUUCCAGAUCGGUUAUCUCGUCGUCCAAUGCAUUGGACGCCUCGCCCAGGGGCUUGCUAUAACAACGCUGGAACUCAAUACCCUCGCCAUAGUCGUCUGCUCGCUCAUGACAGCGUUCACAUGGCUUCAUAAGCCGUCUGAUGUGGCAACCCCCAUUGACCUCCAUUCGCCAUUUGACAUUGCCGAUAUAAUCAGGGAUGAAUCAAAGAGCUGCAACCAAACCCAUACCUGGACCAACACGCCUCUCGACUUCAUCGACCAGAAUGGGCCUGGCUGGUCGAUGAACGUACAGCCCUUUAUGACCUUGCCAGUCAUCCCCGAGCAGCGACCGAUCCAGCGAAUCCCCAAUGACCGCUUCCCCAUGGACCCGUACGGGACGCAGGAGUAUUUCCUCUGCUUCGCCACACUCGUCUUCACCGGCCUCCACGUCGCCGGGUGGAACAUGUCCUUUCCCACGUACACGGAGCAGGUCCUCUGGCGCGUCGCGAGCCUGAUCCUCUUCGGCGUCACGGCCGCAUUCUGGAUCCUCGAGACAAUGGCCUCAUGGGUACGGCUAGGGCGCUGGAAGAUGCUCUACCUGUACUUCUUUGACCGAGCGGCCAUACCCCGUUUUCGUCAAGCGACCUUUGACCGCCUCGAUCAGGAAGAGCAGGAGAAGCCGCGCGAUAUCAGCACGUUGCCGCUGCCGUGGGAGUUUUGGAGCAUUGCGCCGAUUGCCAUCUUGUAUGGCAUCGCGAGGGUCUAUCAGCUUGUGGAAGGGUUCAUGGAGUUGAGAGAGAUUGACGCAUCAGCGUUUGUGCACGUCGAGUGGACGCAGUACCUGCCUCAUGUCUAA